AUGUUCAAUAUUCCGGAGCUGCGAACUGUUCAAAGAAUAUGGAAAAUUCACGAAAGAACUUUACUGGGCUUAGAUGUGGAUGUUUCUUCGAGGAAGGCACGGAACUAUGGUCGUAAGCUAACUGGGUCGAGACGAACUGGGUCAGACUGGGUCGGGUCGGGUCUGGGUUGGUUUGGGCCGGGUCUGGUCGCUUGGCCGAGUGUUGGUUCGCUUGGCCGCGGUCUGCUCGUGCCUGGGCCUGGUUUGGUCAUGAUGGGCAGUGAGCUUCGGUUGCACGCGCACAGACGCUGGGGCACACGGGUAAGUUGGGCAGGGACGCCUGUGGCACGCAGGACACUCGGCUUCUUCAUGGAUCCUGCGUGGGUGGCGUCUGCGGCACACGGGUGGCUGCGGGUCUCUCCGGCGUGGAGCGCUGACGGCAUUUGA